CAGGUUGAAAUGAGACCUAAAACCUGUUUGUCCAGUUUUCUGCGUCCACUCUCGACAAACAGCUAAAUGAUCCAGUCCUCUGUCCUUCUGAAACACAAACCAAAGUAACACGAUCUUGGGUGUGUUGUGUUAGUUAAAAAAGAGCCAUGGCCCUUUAAAAGCUUCACACGCUGAUGUGUGACGCUGUUUACCUGUCGGCAGGUGUAUGCGGGUGUUGUUACUGAAGGUGUCGGUGCAUACUGGAAAUACUUGAACACCCUACCUUUGGCUAAAAUACAGUAAAGAAGUGUCAGUCGGGGUGAGAUGUGAUGGGAGAAGCUUCGAAAUGACGAAAAGUCCUGUUUGAUGACCUCAUUUCAUCAUUUAUUUAUGUUUCUGCAGAGGAAAUAAAUAGCCUUAUUAAAAUAAAGAUGGCAUUAAAGCGAUCGUCUUCCAUGAAGACCCAGCUAGUGGAUGCCAUCCAGCUCGAAGAAGUGGAGAUGGAGGAAGAGAUCACCACCACAAGCAACAAUAACAAUCCUGUUGAACCUGCUCAGGCCAAAGAGCCGAAAUGCUACACCGUGGAGGAGGCUGUGGAGAGCAUUGGUUUCGGACGUUUCCAUAUUCUGCUUUUUGUCAUCAUGGGCAGUGCCAAUAUAGUGGAAGCGAUGGAGAUCAUGUUGUUGGCUGUGGUUUCUCCUGAGAUCCGCUGCGAAUGGCAUCUGGAGGAUUGGCAAGUGGCCCUUGUCUCCACGAUGGUGUUUUUUGGUUUCAUGGUUUGUGGGGUCCUCUGUGGUUACAUUGCUGACAAAUACGGACGCUGGAAGGUGGUGUUUGGUGGUUUUGUAUGGGCGUCAUAUUUUUCUUUUCUCACUUCGUUCUCUACAUCAUACGGCUGGUUCAUCUUUCUGAGAUGUAUGGUGGGCUGCGGAGUGGCAGCAACAUCUCAAGGGUUUGUUUUGAAGACUGAAUUCAUCCCUGCCAAAUACAGAGCAUACCUGUUGCCUCUUGCCUCAAUCUUCUGGAUGAUGGGAUCCAUAUUAAUUAUUGUUCUGGGUAUGACUGUGGUGCCCACGAUGGGCUGGCGAUGGAUGAUUCGGUUUUCCGUCAUCCCCAGCCUCGUAUUAAUCGGACUCUUCAUGUUUAUUCCCGAAUCCGCACGGUUCCAGGUCUCGGCAGGUAACAUACAAGGAGCCAUGUCUACACUUAAGCGGAUCGCCAAAAUGAAUAAUGGUGUUUUACCAGAGGGAGAACUACGCGAACCUGAAGUGACAGAAAGAGGAAAUGCCGUCACCCUGAUCAGCUCGGCCUUCAGGAGAACAUCGCUCCUGCUGUGGUAUUCAUGGUUUGUGGCCUCGUUUUCUUAUUAUGGCUCCGUCCUGAGCAGCUCUGAGUUACUGGAGAAGAAUCUUCUGUGCGUGACGGAUCCUGAUCUGGAGCAUCAGAUUAAACACAUCCAGGAGGAGAUGCUGUGUUACUGCAUCCCCUUCAACUCGGAUGAUUACCAAACGCUCCUCAUUAGCUGUUUAGGGGAGGUGGCACUCAUUCCUCUUAAUAUCAUCCUGUUGAAUAUAGUAGGACGGAAGUACAGCAUGGUCAUUCUGCUGCUGCUGUCGGCCUUUUUCUUCAUGCUUGUUAAUAUUUGCACGACUAUGUUAGGCUUCACAAUCCUGCUCUUCCUCCUCCGCUCUGUGGUUUCAAUGAAUUUUAAUGUGGUUUACAUCUACACGGCAGAGGUUUAUCCUACAUCUGUGCGCUCAAUCGGAAUGGGCUUUUGCACAUCGUUCAGUCGAAUCGGAGGAAUGAUCGCACCUUUUAUUGCACAGGUGUUGAUGUCCAAAUCUGUGAUUCUGGCUUUAUCACCGUUCGCCACAGCGUGCAUCAUUUGUGCCAUAGGAGUUUUUUUCCUGCCCAUUGAGACCAGAGGACGAGCAUUAUUGCAAGAUGCCUGAAGUUCACCAAACAGAGAUGAAGGACAAUUGCACUUUUCUAACAAAACAUGAACUCAUAUUAAAGCUGGAUCCAUUUUUUAAAGAAUUUCAAUGCUGCCUGUGAUACGUUCUUCAUUAUUUAUAACAAUUAAAGAAUAUAUAUAUUGUCAAAUCUU